AUGAGGGGCCUUUUUACAGCUUCUUCAGCAGCGUUGACUGUGGCCAGUGGUGUCCUUGCUGGUCCAGUCGUAUCUCACUCCAACCACCUCAUCUUUAAGCCUUUGGUCGUUACAUCUGAUUCGGUACACAAUGUACACAUCGACUACAGCGAUGAAGCCUUCGAAGGAGACGUACGCGUUGUUUACGGUCAUUGCGACAUGGCGAGCCUUGACAGCAGGCAUCAUGAGCUUGGAUCAACACGAGUGACGCGUUCAGCCCGACCUGAGCGUAUUGUAUGGAUCGUACCUGACAAUACUGCUCAUGGAGGUUGCUUACACGCCUACUCGGGAUCUGCAUUGAUUGGUCGUUCGGCGCCGAUCACUGUCAAGCAGCGAACUCGGAAGCGAGAGGACAUCUCGGAUGUCGCCGACGUGACAGGCCCUUGGUUCGACGGCGUUGCUUAUAUGCAGGCAAAAUCGAACAAUGCUUCGUUUGUCGCUGUUUCGAAGAGCAAGAAGAUCGCCAUCCUCGGUGGUGGAAUGUCAGGAUUGAUGACCAGUCUCCUACUCGACUCCGUCGGCAUUCACGACUGGCAUAUCACCGAGUCCUCGCAGCGUAUUGGUGGUCGCAUUCGCACCAAGUACCUUGCUGGCAGUACACCCGAUCAGUACCAGUACCAAGAGAUGGGUCCCAUGCGCUUCCCUGUUUCGGCCAAAUACGCCGACACCAACGAAACUGUUGAUAUUGAGGAUCAUAAGAUGGUAUUCCAGCUUGCCGAUGUCUUGAACCAGAUGAACGGUAACGAUAGCGCACUCGGAGUGAACUUCAUUCCUUGGAUCCAAAGCAGCCCCAACGUUCCUGCCAAUUCAAACGGCUACCGUCUGCCUAAUGGUCGUAUUCCGAGUGCCGCUCAGAUCAGAGCGAACAGCUCUCUUGUUCUACCGGCUGCAGCAGGCCCAGAUCCCGAAGCUCAGGAACAUGCUGAGGAGGCACUCGAAGAGUUUAAGGGUAUCACUCCAGACGUCAUGCGCAAUAUUUCGACCAAUAUCUUCAGCGCUCACAAAGCGGCUGUGGAGAAGGGUCUUUUCCAAUUCUCUGAGGCUGCGUACCUCAAGUACGCUCUGAACAUGAGUGCCGAUGUCGUCGAUUUUGUCGCAGGUGCCGCCAACAGCCCUAUGUGGGAGUACGAUACAGUGUACUUUUCGGCCACCACGUGGAGAACCAUUGACAAAGGUCUCGAGUCUCUCCCGCGCGCUUUUCUUCCGCAUGUCCAAGACCGCUUGACUCUUGGUCGUAAGAUUACCGGGUUGAAGUACAACAACGACACCGGCAGGGUGGCUGUCCAAUGGCGCAAUGAUCCAUUCGCUAUGGAGCCUGAGAGCGAGGAGUAUGAUUAUGCGGUCGUCAGUGUACCAUUCUCCAAGGUCAGGCUCUGGGAGCUUCCCAAGUACUCUUCGCUCUUAUCGCGCGCUAUCUCUUCCCUGAACUACCAGCAGUCCUGCAAAGUCUCUCUGCACUACAAGACUCGAUUCUGGGAGAAGCUCUCCCCACCCAUCAUUGGUGGCUGUGGUGCGGUUGAUAUUCCCGGUAUCGGUUCGGUCUGCUAUCCUGCAUACAAAAUCAAUUCGACCGGACCCGGUGUCAUCCUCGGAUCCUACACUUCCGGCACCCUUGCUCGUUCUGUUGGUGCGCUUAGCACCGCUGACCACGUAGCUUACGUACAGCGUGCCAUGGUUCAGGUCCACGGAGAGGUUGCUACAGAACAGUUCACAGGCGCUUAUGACCGCCAAUGCUGGGAGGUCGAUGAGCAUCAGGCAGGUGCUUGGGCGGCGCCAACAGUCGGUCAGCAGGAGCUGUACAUUCCAGCGUAUUACAAGACUGAGAUGUCUACAAUCUUUGUUGGGGAGCAUACAUCGUACACACACGCCUGGAUCUUCAGCGCUCUUGACUCAGCUGUUCGCGGUACGACUCAAUUGCUGUUGGAUAUGGGUCUGGUAGACGAGGCAAAACAGAUUGUUGACACGUGGAUGGGUAGAUGGAUCCAUGUUUAA